AUGGCUGCGCCCGAGGUCCACCACCUCUUCCACAACCCCAUCGCCGACCACUCCUUCUCCGCCGACCGAUCCUUGGCCAUCGCACGAGACUCGACCGUGGAGCUGUACGGCAAGGCUGGAAAUGCCUUCAGGCUGCAGGAUGAGCUCAAGGGGCAUGACAAGACUGUCACCAGCCUCGACAUUGCUCCCAACUCCGGCCGCAUUGUGUCGUGCUCUCAGGACCGGAACGCACUCGUGUGGGAGCCUUCGCCUCAGGGCUACAAGCCAACCCUUGUACUGCUUCGAAUCAACCGGGCUGCCACCUUCGUGCGUUGGUCCCCUUCGGAGACCAAGUUCGCUGUCGGCUCCGGCGACCGUGUGAUUGCUGUCUGCUACUUCGAGGAAGAGAACGACUGGUGGGUGUCCAAGCACCUCAAGAAGCCCAUCCGGAGCACUAUCACCUCGGUUGCAUGGCACCCCAACUCUGUGCUGCUCGCCGCUGGCUCCACCGACGCUCACGCCCGAGUCUUCUCGAGUUUCAUCAAGUCAGUGGACCAACGGCCCGAGCCGAGCGCCUGGGGCGAGAGGCUACCCUUCAACACCGUCUGCGGAGAAUUCCUCAACAACUCCGCUGGAUGGGUCCACUCUGUCGCAUUCUCUCCCAGCGGCGAUGCGCUGGCCUUCGCUGCCCACGACAGCAGCGUCACUGUUGUCUACCCCAGCGCUCCCGACCAGCCCCCGAAGGCAGUCCUCAGCGUCACCACCCAGUUGCUUCCUUUCCAGAGCUUGAUCUGGUCCAGUGAGGCCGAGAUCAUUGCUGCUGGUUACGACUGCGAGGCCUUUCGCUUCCAGGGCGGCGAGACGGGCUGGCGACUGGCUGGAACCCUGGAAUCCAAGGGCAGGCCGGGUCUGGGUGACGACCGGGAAGAAUCUGCUUUGAACAUGUUCAAGCAGAUGGAUCUGAAGGGCAAGGCAAAGGAUGACACGAAACUCUCCACCGUCCACCAAAACACCAUAACAAUGAUCCGUCCGUAUGAGUCUUCUGGAGGCUCUGUCAGCAAGUUCAGCUCAACCGGAGUUGACGGAAGGGUCGUCAUCUGGCAUACCUAG